UCCGCCCCGGCUGGUUUGUCUCUCCGGCCGACCCGUAGCGCCCGCCCUGCUGCCCUCUCCAGCAUGGAAGGAGCGGCGGCCUCCUCCGAGGGCCUGCGCUAUGCCGAGUACGCCAGAGUCCCUACGGGCGCCGGCAAGGGCCAUGCCGAGCUGGACCGAGGGCUGGCCAGGACUAUGAUAGCAGUUGGGCUUGGUGUUGCAACUGUUGCAUUUGCAGGUCGUUUUGCUUUCCACCUUUGGAAGCCAUUGGAGCAGGCAAUUACAGAAACAGCAAAGAGGAUUUCAACUUCUAGUCUUUCAUUGUACUACAAAGGAGGAUUUGAACAGAAAAUGAGUAGGCGAGAAGCUAGUCUUAUUUUAGGUGUAAGUCCAUCUGCUGACAAGGCCAAAAUCAGAACAGCCCAUAGAAGAAUCAUGAUUUUGAAUCAUCCUGAUAAAGGUGGAUCACCUUACUUAGCAACAAAAAUAAAUGAAGCAAAAGACUUGUUGGAAUCCAGUGCCAAAAACUGAAAUCCGAAGCCUUGGGUCAUAGGAGAUUCAGCAGAUACAUCGUGCAACAGCUUUCCUAUCUACUUGCUCUGCACAGUUCCUAACACCGCAUUGAUUGUUCCUAUUUAUUUUCAUAAUUAAAAAUUUAAUAUUAUUUAAAACCAAAA